UAUUUAAUUGAAAUUUAUAAUAUAUAAUAUUUUGGGUUUGUUUUUUAAAUCUUUUUUAAAAAUUUGGGCCAUUUAUGAGUAUGGACAGGCUUAUUAUAAGAAGGUGGAUCCGGCCCGAUUAAGAAACUUCUAAUCUAGGGUUUUUGACGUGACAGAUCCAACUCACGAACCCAUCCUCGAAAACCACUCUUUCCAAACCACGUCUUUCCUACUUCCACUCCUACCCCUCUUAGUUUCUCGUGUUCAUUGCGCAUUUAUUUAUAUUUACUACCUGGAAAUAGUAAAAAAUUGCCCUUACAAUAGUUCUUUCUGUCUCCCUUGAUGUAAAAGAAGCAAAACUAACGCAGGCAAAUACGCCUUUUCGCUGGCUUUAGCCCACUUUUGCAAACUUCAUUGGCCUCUGUCUGCAACUGCCAAUCUUUCUCAAAGUUCCCAACGCUCUGUCAACCAACUUCACUUCACUUCACUCUUAAAACCCACUAAGACCCUGAUAUUGAAACCCCAAAUUCAUUUACUGAAUAAAAGAGCCCUUUUCAUUUUGUUAUCACGAAUUGAAUUUUGAGGUGAUUUUUUAACUGGGUUUUGGUUCUUUAUUCUGGGUUGUUUUUGAUUUGUUGAAUUUUUUGGUUGCUGGUGGGUGGUGGUGGGGAUUAUGGUGAUGGCUGAGAAUGAGGCAGGGGAUGAUCACAAGGAGGUCAUGUCACCAUGGAAGACUUCGGUGAAUGAUGGUGAGAAAGCGGCUGACGCUCCUGUUAUGGGGACCCAAUCUUGGCCUGAUCUUGGUGGAACCCAACAAACACCCGACAAUCCUCAGGCUGCUGCUGAUGGGUCUGCUCCAGCUCCAUCAGUAGAGCAGGGAGCAGCUGGGCAGCAGAAUUCAAAUGUUUCUGGAAACUCCAAUGCUUCUCAUAAGCAUUCAUCAGCACGUUAUCAGAAGUCAGGCUCUAAGCGCAACCCUAAUAAUGGGCCUCGUUUUCCUGUACCCUUAUCUUAUUAUCAACCACCAAUGCCACCUGUUUUUCAUGCUAUGGUACCUCCACCGCACUUUGCAGUUCCUUGGUAUGCUUACCAGUCUGUCCCUGGACCUUUUCCUGGUAUUGAAACUCAGUUGGUAAAAUCUGGAUCUGAGACAACAAUGCAAGCCUUUGGUCCCCCAGUUCAAGGUAUUGAUGCCUGCAGAAAUAUGCAGCCUCCUUCCCGAGGAAAUCCCAAUGCAUAUCCUACCAACUUCUCUAAUAGAAGACCCCACAUGCAAGAACCCGGGAGCCAUUUGAAUCCUGGCUGGAAUCAUCAACAGGCAUUUAAUUCUAGGGAACCCAUUCCAAUGCAGCAGGGUAUCGGGCCAAGACCUUUUGCUAGACCUCCGUUCUUUGGUCCAGCUCCAGGGUUUAUGGUUGGUCCAAGUUUCCCCGGAGCUGUAUGCUAUGUGCCUAUUGCUUCCCCAGGCUCUGUAAGGGGACCUCAUCCUCCACGCUUUGUUCCAUACCAUAUAAAUCCUGGGACCGCCAUGUUCUCUCCAGAGACAGUAACUUUGAGGGCCAAUAUAGUGAAACAAAUUGAGUAUUAUUUCAGCGAUGAAAAUCUUCAAAACGACCAUUACCUGAUUUCCUUGAUGGAUGAUCAAGGAUUGGUUCCAAUCUCCGCAAUUGCGGACUUUAAAAGGGUUAAGAGAAUGAGUACAGACAUACAAUUUAUCCUCAAUGCGCUGCUGAGUUCUAGUACUAUCGAAGUGCAGGGUGACAAGAUACGGAGGUGUGAUACGUGGUCCAAGUGGAUUCCAGCUGGUUCAAAGACAACAUUGUCAUCAGAAGCUCAGGCUACUGAGAAUCAAAUUGUAGAGAAUGUUAUCAAUUCCUGUGAGAACAGUGAAGUGAAUGAAGUUAAUGCAAGGGACAACUCUGAAGAAAAUGAUAAUUUUCCGUUGGAUAGUGGGAGCUUGGAGCAUGUAUCACCUGAGGGCAAUCCUGCAGAAGUAACACGUAAAAGUAACAGCAAACAUGCAUCUGUGCCAGUUCUAUUAAACGAUGCAGAUCAGUCACAUGGAGUUGAGCCUACAAGUUUUACUGACCACAGAACUCAAAGUGUAGAAAUAUUGUCAGAUGUAACAAUAAAAAAUGUUGCUGACCUGUCAAAUGAUUUCACACACACAUUUAUGCUUGAUGAAGAGCUAGAGCUUGAGCAAAAAUCAAUAAAAACUCUUUCAACACUUAACAGAAUGGAUGAUGAAGAUGAUGAUAUGGUUGUCAAUGAUCAGGAUGUUCAGAGACUUGUGAUUGUUACCCAGAAUAGUGGGAUAGGCGAAGGAUCAAAAGCUGGUGUGAAAGAUUCAAAGUCCAUAUCAAGUGAGCAUGCUGCUGUGAUAAGUGAUGGUCUUUACUUCUUUGAACAACAGCUGGAAACUAAACGAUUUAGUCGUAGAAAGAAUAACUCUUUUUAUGAGAAUAGAGAUGGAAAUCCAAGGUCUCCAAGGGGUGGAGGAGUAUCAAAUAUGAAGACAGGUGAAAAUGCUGCUGGGAAUAGUAGUCUUGAAGAGUCUGGAGGAACAAGUUCCCGAAGGAAGCAAAAUAAAGGUUUAUCCAAGCAACAGUCAUUCCAUAAGCAGAGAUUUUUCUCCGGCAACUUAAAGAAUCAUGGAACUAGUCGUAAUUCAAUUGCAAUAAUAUCAGAAAGUCCACCAAGUAAUUCGGUUGGGUAUUUCUUUGGUUCUACUCCUCCAGAUAGUCAUGGCCCCAGGCCGCCUUCAAAGUUGAGCUGUUCACCUCGUGGAACUCUUUCUAGCAGUCCACCAGUAGGUUCCUUGCCAAAGUCAUUUCCACCUUUCCAGCAUCCAAGUCAUCAGCUGUUAGAAGAAAAUGGUUUUAAGCAACAGAAGUACCUAAAGUUUCACAAGCGCUGCCUGCAUGACAGGAAGAAGUUGGGAAUUGGUUGCAGUGAGGAAAUGAAUUCACUGUACAGGUUUUGGUCAUAUUUCCUUAGGGACAUGUUUGUCCCUUCUAUGUAUAAUGAGUUCCGAAAACUCGCUCUUGAAGAUGCAUCUGCUAAUUACAAUUAUGGGAUAGAGUGCCUUUUCAGGUUUUAUAGUUAUGGCUUAGAGAAGAAAUAUCGAGAUGAUCUUUAUAAGGAUUUUGAGCAACUUACCCUUGAUUUCUAUCAUAGACGCAAUCUUUAUGGCCUUGAAAAAUACUGGGCAUUCCAUCACUUCAGAGACCAGAAAGAGCCCUUAAAGAAACAUCCAGAAUUGGAUAGGUUACUAAGGGAAGAAUACCAGCACUUGGAGGAUUUCCGAGCCAAAGAGAGGAAUACUAGCACAAGAGAGGACAGCCAUUAACUACAAGUGAUGUCCUUCAUUCCUAGUGGCUUUGAAUCCCAAUUUUGAAGAUCAACCCUGAUGACUGGACCAGAGAGUAGGAGUUCAUGGUCUAUAUAUCAUUUGGCUUGAAUACCAAGGAAAGAUGGUUUUGUACAUUGUACAUUGAGGGGUUCUACACCUCUGUGCGGCUGCUGACUACCUAGGCUUUGCAUUUUUGUUUCCUAAUUUUCUUAGGCUUUCUGACUCGAGGGUAUAUCCUUUUUUCUUGAGUUGCCUGCAAGCUUGUAGAGGUGGGUGGCGCCUGUGCUUUUCUUUGAUCAUUUUCAUUUCACUUCCCCACGGCAUUGUUGUACAUAAGGGAAACUGAAAAACAUUAAAAAAAAAAAAAAAAAAAGUUGUAGAAACUGUGAAAAAUGAACAAUAAGAGAUUAAUUUUUAAUCUUACACUUAA